AUGUCCGUCAGAUCUACCAUGAGGACCCAAAGCAGCAGCCACCGCGGCUUCAGCGCCUGCUCGGCCCGGGUGCCCGGGGGCUCCCGCUCCGGCUUCAGCAGCAUGUCCGUGUCCCGCUCCAGGGGCAGCGGAGCGUGCUCAGGGGCCGGCUUUGGCAGCCGCAGCCUCUAUGGCCUGGGGGGCUCCAAGAGGAUAUCCAUUGGAGGGGGCAGCUGUGCCAUCAGCGGAGGAUAUGGCAGCAGAGCUGGUGGCAGCUUCGGCUUUGGAGGAGGCCUGGGCAGUGGAUUUGGCUUUGGCGGUGCCGCUGGCAGUGGCUUCGGGCUCGGCGGCGGCUACGGGGGCUCGGGCUUCCCCGUGUGCCCCCCGGGAGGCAUCCAAGAGGUCACCGUCAACCAGAACCUGCUCACCCCUCUGAACCUGCAAAUCGACCCCACCAUCCAGCGCGUGCGCACGGAGGAACGCGAGCAGAUCAAGACCCUCAACAACAAGUUCGCCUCCUUCAUUGACAAGGUGCGCUUCCUGGAACAACAGAACAAGGUUCUGGACACCAAGUGGGCUCUGCUCCAGGAGCAGGGCACCAAGACCGUGAGGCAGAACCUGGAGCCCAUGUUCGAGCAGUACAUCAACAACCUCAGGAGACAGCUGGACAGCAUCCUUGGCGAGAGAGGCCGCCUGGACUCUGAGCUCAGGGGCAUGCAGGACAUGGUAGAGGACUUCAAGAACAAAUAUGAAGAUGAAAUCAACAAGCGUACCACAGCAGAGAAUGAAUUUGUGACCCUCAAGAAGGAUGUAGAUGCUGCCUACAUGAACAAGGUUGAGCUUCAAGCCAAGGUCGACACUCUCAUGGAUGAGAUCAACUUCCUGAGAGCCCUCUAUGAGGCAGAGCUGUCCCAGAUGCAGACUCACGUCUCAGACACAUCCGUGGUCCUGUCCAUGGACAACAACCGCUUCCUGGACCUGGACAGCAUCAUUGCCGAGGUCAAGGCCCAAUACGAGGAGAUUGCCCAAAGAAGCCGUGCUGAGGCUGAGUCCUGGUACCAGAUCAAGUAUGAAGAGCUUCAGAGGUCAGCCGGCAGACAUGGUGAUGAUCUGCGCAACACCAAGCAGGAGAUUGCCGAGAUCAACCGCAUGAUCCAGAGGCUCCGAUCUGAGAUCGACCAUGUCAAGAAACAGUGUGCCAACCUGCAGUCUGCCAUUGCUGAUGCGGAGCAGCGUGGAGAGAUGGCACUCAAGGAUGCCAAGAAUAAGUUGGUCGAUCUGGAAGACGCCCUGCAGAAGGCCAAGCAGGACAUGGCCAGGCUGCUGAAGGAGUACCAGGAGCUGAUGAAUGUCAAGCUGGCCCUGGAUGUAGAAAUCGCCACCUACAGGAAGCUGCUGGAGGGCGAGGAGUGCAGGCUGAAUGGAGAAGGCGUUGGACAAGUCAACAUCUCUGUGGUGCAGUCCACCGUCUCUGGAGGCUACGGCAGUGGCAGUGGUGGCAGCAGUGGCUUGAGCAUGGGCGGAGGCAGUAGCUACUCCUAUGGCAGCGGCCACAGCCUGGGAGGCGGCUUCAGUUCCGGCAGCGGCAGAGGCAUGGGCGGUGGCUUCAGCUCCUCCGGAGGCAGCACUUCCACCAUCAAGUACACCACCACCUCAUCCUCCAGCCGGAAGAGCUACAGGAACUGAAGUCCCACCCUGCACUCUU